AUGGCUGCAAUCGAGGUGAGUGCAAUUUGCAUUUUUAAUAGGGGCGAUUACAAAUAUGAAUUGACUUCGUCCCAAAAUCAGAAAUGAAUAAAUUUCAGAAUCAGCUGAAUGUCCCCAAUGGACGUGAACACGCCGAUUCAUUACUUGAUAAAGUAAGUACUUCCAAUUGAAAAAAUUUCUUCCCUAUUCUCUUAUCAAUAAAGGGUUUACAGGUGUUUUCGGCUGUAAAACUCCCAGAGACCGAUCACAAUAAGAUAAAUCACGAUGAAGUCCUAAAGGAGUUAGACCACGUUUUGAGCAAACAUUGGGACGAGGAUCCCGUAGCUACAGUAGUCACUCAGCAUGUGUUAAGUGAGCAUGAGAACCAUGAGCAUCUUGAUGCCAAACCACGAAGCCGACAUCCUUCGAUGUUAGAAGAAGCUCUUCAGAACGCAAAUGUGAGUUGAUCACUUUGCGCAAUUUUGAUUUUAGGGAGUGUCGAGACUCUUGACUGAUGACGUCGAAGAAGAACAUCGUUUCGGCGUCUUCCCUUCGGAUGGCCCUAUAGAUACAACUCCGAUGACAUAUGUGGCGUCAUCAGAAAGAAAGAUCCGAAGCAUGACAGUUGAUAGCCAAGUUUCAGCUGCCGAAAGUCGAUUUGGAGAGUUCGAUCUGACAGAAACCAGCGAACUAAACUUGAAUCAUCCUAUUGUCGCGUAUCAGGGAAUAGAAAGCAAGGUAGGAAAGAAAACAGAAGCCCUUUUAUUAUUUAGGGACCAGAAGAAGUCGGCUUAGUGGACGAAUCAGAAGAACAGGAGAUUGCUCCCGAAGUCCCUCCUCACAAAAAUGAAUUGCCCCUUCCUUCUAACAACUUUACUGAAUCCUUAUUGAGAGAGAUUCGCAAUUCUGAAUUCAAUGAGAUCGAGUCCCAAAGAUUAGAAACCAAGGCAAGAAGUCCUACUUACGACUCGAUUUACAGUCAAAGUAUUAAUGAAAACGGUAACGGGAAUGGAACCAACGGAUUUGUUGUCGCAUCACCAGUUCCUGCUCUUCAGAUGCACCAGGAAGAACAACAUUAUAUCGAUAUUCCUGAGAUCCACAGUCCUAGAUCAAAAGCAGAAUUCAACAGCUAUACUCAGAGCGAGAGGGACUACCAGCAAGCAAUUGAACGGGACUUCCAGAAAAUACAAUUGAACAGAAAGAAAACACCCUUCAACCCUUUACCCAGAAGUCUAUCUACACUCACAGUAGAAACCAAACAAGGAAAUGCCGCGGAGAAGAAAGGACCUCUGCAAAUAAUUGAAGAGGUUAUUCCUGUCGGUCCUCAACUCGAAUAUCAGAUAAAAAACGCGGAAAUCAUUGGAACUCAAGCUUCCGUUACUUUCUAUCAACCUUAUUUUGAAGUGAACGCCCAUCCAAAUUUUCCCGAAAUUAUUGUUGGAGGUCCUACUCGAGUAACUGACGAAAAAGUCUUGUUUUUGAUUGGGAAAACAGGAGCUGGAAAGACCUCAUUGAUUUACUCUCUACUUAACUUCGUCUAUGGAUGCAAAAGAGAGCAUGCUUUUAGGUGAGUAAGCUCUUCUAUAUUGUCAUCUUUACAUUAGAUUGGCGUUGGAAUUGCCCGAAAGAUUCGAGAAGAUCCUCGAUCGGGUCAUCACUUACACCUUCACGAGCACCAUCUUGCCCUACAACCUUACUGUUAUCGAUACUCCUGGUAUUGAAUUGGAAUCAACUCCGCUUCUGAUUGGGAAAUGGGUGAAACAUCGAUUAACUCGAGAUUCCCGAUUGCGGUUAGAUGCAAUAGUACCCGUUAUUCCCACUUUUGACGAUGCGGUUGAUCCCGGAUUAAGUUUGAACUACCGAAAAGUGAAAUAUUUGUUUGGAGAUGACUUGAGAACAAACGUAUUGCCAAUAAUCACUUAUGCAGAGGUAAGUUCUGCGCCUUAUAAAAGGAACUUCUAGGGAUUGGACUUCCCGGACGCGCUCAAGGCAUUAAAAACUCUGAAACUGCCAUUCACAAGUUAUUACAAGAUCAACAACCUCGGAUCAUUGCCACAUUCUGGGAAGACCUCCGGUCUCAAACAUUCUCUCCUUUACAAACACAAUAUUGUGUCAUUCGAAGAGUUGGUAGAGGUAGGUGUAAUAUAACUGACCGACGAAAUUACUUUUAGGAUUUGGAAUCGGUGGUCACCCCUCUUCUCCUUUCCAAAAGUGCUUAA